GAAACUAAACAGAAACAGAGACCAACGAAGCGCAGUACGGAUCAAGUUAAGUCACCUUUUUCUGAAAAAUGCGGUUUUCCGGCAAUACAUCGUUCGUCAGUCAUUGAUUAACUGGCUGUUGUCGAGAGCCUGAGGUUAUUUUGGCAGUAAGAACGCGUUUCAUUGGCCGUUGCCGUUGAGGAUAGGUGGCCGUUGUAGAGAGGUUAAAAUAAGAGUGAAUAUAUGGACUGUCCGCCGGGACCAAAAAAAAAGCGGCCGUUGUAGACGGAGGUGGCCGUUAAUGGAGGUUCGACUGUAUAAACACUAGCCUAAAGUAAAGGCUCGUGUUUCUAUAGAGAAAAUACAAGUGACUCGUGGGAUAUUCCAUGGCAUGCCACUCGAAAGCGUUGAAUAACCCGUAUUGCAUUCGAACGGUUUCGUUUUCUUUAUUAAUGAAAAAAGAACGGCUAGCCUGACCAAAACCCGUAUCAAAUAUGAAAUUUUGGGAGAAUUCAGAAAUGUAUACUGUAUAUAUUUUCGGAGAAACUUUCGAACCCUCCAAAUUUUAACCCGCCCUCAGCAUAGCGUGUUUUCACAAUUCGGGGAGCAUGUGGCCAUAUUGGUGUCCCAAUUCAAACCAAUCUUGUUGGAGUUGAACUCUUCGGCUUUUAGCUUUAUAUGUAAAAACUUUCUUUUGUUCCAAUAAAUUUGCACGGCUUUUGGCCACGUGAGUGAAAACGCACUAUACUACAGGUGAUACUGCAGCAACUGCACGCGCUAGUCCGUUUCCCGCCUAGCAUGUUGUACUAUCUGUAAUAGCUGCAGUAUCUGUAGUACGUGUAUUAGCCGUCUCUUCCUUUCUCUUCCCCGUUAUUUGCCUCAGUCGCUGUGUUAACCUUUUCGACAUAACCAAUGAAAACUUAGCUUAUUUGAAUAGAGUCAGAAGAGGAUUGGAUUGUCCAAUGAACGGAGUUGUUAUGAUUUGUCAGCAUUUUUCCCGCGCUUGCAACGCGUGCGACUGGCGAAACGUUUACGAUGGGCGAAACUUUGAUAGAAGAGGUCCAAUGUUCAAGAGAGAGAAUAGAGAGACAAAUAAUUGUUCACCAGCUUACACCUCCGCUCCCAACACACUUGAAGCUUCUUUUGGCAUCAACAAUUUUUUUAGUAACACUCGUCCUCGGGACUAUAGUUUAUUUUAUUUACGCUAAAUAUGCAAACGAAUGACACCGGCGAGAACUACGGACCUCUAGGUACAGGUGUCUGUUCACAGGUUUCUGAUCAAGCUGUACGAAGCGAGACAGACUUUGUCCCAAACCAGCUGGAUGCCAAAGAAGAUUCGUGUAGCACCACACAAACCUACAGUAAUAACACCGGAUCACCACCACCACUGUGGCAUGACAUUACCUUGAACAAUAAUGGCCGAAGUGACACAAGUGAUAGCAGUGGGUGUCCUGACACAUACGAAAACAUGACAACUAGGAUGGGAGAGAUUGAGAAGACCCUGGCAUCCAUUAAGGACACAGUAACAACAGCAAGUGUACGUUGCCAUCUGUUAAAUGUUGAUGUAGUCACCAUGUUCAGUCCAGAAAUGGUGGACACCCUAAGCAACGCUGUAGAACAAUGUGAAAGCUGUAUAAAAACAAUGGAAACUUCAUCACCAGAGGAUUGCUGACGAGAUCACAGCUGAUCAAAGGCAUGCUUCAGUAGACUUAAAUAUUAUAUUGAGCAAUCUAAUUUAGUACUGAGGGUAUUAUGUUCUACAGAAGUUCUAUUAUAGAAGCUUUUGUUCAAAGAACAGACAAGUAUAACAAGUGUUUUUUUUUUCCUUACAAUAGGAUAUCGCAUUCUUUCAAUAUAAACUGAGAAAACAUAUUUAUUGGAUAAGAAUUUGGCAAUGGGAUAUUAUUAUUAUUAUUUUUAAAUGAUUUUAUAACAUUGUAUGAUCUUUGAUAAACUAGGCGGGCAGCUGUUUCCACUUCUAGCCUUCUUGCUAGCAAAAUAGGAUUUACAGUGAACUGUUUCAAUCUAAAAUGGAGGCUAUUUUACUUUUAGUUCUUAACUCCAAGAGGAAGAAUUAGUACCUUCCUUAUAUAAAUUUACAGACUUCAAGCAAUUUUUGUUCAAUUAUCUAGUGGAUGCUUGUAUUGCUAAAUCUCUGAUUACUAAAAAUCCUCUGACACUUUUUAGAAUGCACACGCAUGCAUGAGAUGAAAUAUCAGAUUUGUACACUUUUAUUCCAUUUUUAAUAAAUAACACAUGUUUUAUAUACACCAAUAUCUACAGUCUCGUUUUAAAAUAGAAAAAUAUGGUUCACAUAUAUUAUACCACCUCUAUAGUGAACAACAAAUACCAGUAAUAAAAGGGGAAUUCUGACUUGUAAAGCCCACAACACUAAUACUCCAAUAAGUAGCCACUGCCACAUAAUAAAAAGAUUGUCAUCUAAAAAGCAUUCCUAGUAAGAUAAUACAUGAAAUAUCAUUAAUUCAUUAAAACAUUUGUAAAUCUAGUUUUCAAAUUGAAAACAUUACUCCUAGCAGAACCCAGCCACAAGCUCUUUGGCGGAACAGUGAAUGCUCAGGACUACACAGAGUCACAGUCCUUUGUACCUCUUACAAUACAAGUCCCUAUUUUGACACUCCACAGUAAUAACCCACGUAUGCCUGCUUAAAAAAA